AGGGGGGCCUGGGCGACGCGGGGAGGGAUCCGGACCAUGGGUGGGCCCGCUCGAGGGCUUCCGGCUUCUCAGGGACAGUCCUCCAAAGACGGGGGGGGGUGUCAAUUUACUGAGGUCACAGGGUUUCCUUAGUCCCUACUUGACACUUGUGUAGGCCAUCCGGCCAGGAAAGCAGCUCUCUGAUGCUUUGGCUAUUCUCUCCCCCGCCCUCCGAACUAGGCUUGGCGGGCAGAAGCGCCCGCGGAUGUCCCGUGCGAGGAUCGUUCUGUGGCUAAGCCUGACUCUCCGCUCCGCCCGCAGCUUCUCUAGAGCCCGGUUUAUGGAGGGGCAGCCCCAAGGGCCGCCAAAUCCAGCGGCGAUGGAGAAUGGCACCGAGCCCUGCGGGGAAGAGCGCCCACCUGAGGUUCAGGAGACGACGGUCACUGAGGGGGCCGCCAAGAUCGUCUUCCCCAGCGCAAACGAAGUUUUCUACAACCCAGUGCAGGAGUUCAACCGGGACCUGACAUGUGCUGUGAUUACCGAGUUUGCUCGCAUUCAGCUUGGGGCCAAAGGAAUCCAGAUCAAGGUGCCAGGUGAGAAGGAUUUGCAAAAGGUGGUCGUGGACUUGUCGGAGCAAGAGGAGGACAAGGCUGAACUGAAAGAGGGUGCAAACCUGGCCCCGGGAGACCAACCUCGAACAGCUGCCGUGCGGGAUAUCUGCGAGGAAGGCCUGCGAGUGCUGGAAGGCCUGGCAGCCUCCGGCCUACGUUCCAUUCGCUUUGCGCUAGAGGUGCCUGGGCUCCAAUCCGUGGUUGCCAAUGAUGCCUCUGCCCAAGCCGUGGAUCUCAUGCACCGUAAUGUGCAGCUCAACGAUGUGGCCCACCUUGUACAGCCCAGCCAGGCAGAUGCCCGGAUGCUGAUGUACCAGCAUCAGAAGGUGUCGGAGCGGUUUGAUGUCAUUGACCUGGACCCCUAUGGCAGCCCCGCCCCCUUCCUGGAUGCAGCUGUGCAGGCUGUGAGUGAAGGAGGGCUGCUGUGUGUGACCUGCACAGACAUGGCAGUGCUGGCGGGGAACAGUGGGGAGACAUGCUACAGCAAGUACGGGGCCAUGGCCCUCAAGAGCCGGGCCUGCCACGAGAUGGCCCUGAGGAUUGUCCUGCACAGCCUGGACCUCCACGCCAACUGCUACCAGCGCUUUGUGGUGCCCCUGCUCAGCAUCAGCGCUGACUUCUACGUGCGCGUUUUUGUUCGUGUCUUCACCGGCCAGGCCAAGGUCAAGGCCUCGGCCAGGGUCAAGUUCUCUGCAGCCUGCGGCCCCCCUGUGGCCCCAGAGUGUGAGCACUGUGGGCAGCGACACCAGCUUGGUGGCCCCAUGUGGGCAGAGCCCCUCCACGACCUAGACUUCGUGGGCCGUGUCCUAGAGGCUGUGAGCGCCAACCCUGGCCGCUUCCACACCGCUGAGCGGAUCCGUGGGGUCCUGAGCGUCGUCGCUGAGGAGCUCCUGGAUGUACCUCUCUACUACACGCUGGACCAGCUGAGCAGCACCAUCCACUGCAGCACGCCCGGGCUCCUGCAGCUGAGGUCUGCCCUCCUCCAUGCUGGCUUCCGGGUCUCCCUCUCCCACGCCUGUAAGAAUGCCGUGAAGACGGACGCCCCCUCCUCGGCCCUCUGGGACAUCAUGCGCUGCUGGGAGAAGGAGUGUCCAGUGAAACGGGAGCGCCUGUCGGAGACCAGUCCGGCAUUCCGCAUUCUCAGCGUGGAGCCCAGGCUGCAGGCCAACUUCACCAUCCGGGACGAUGCCAACCCCAGCUCCCGCCAGCGAGGACUCAAGCGCUUCCAGGCCAACCCCGAGGCCAACUGGGGUCCCCGGCCCCGCGCCCGGCCACGAGGCAAGGCAGCAGGCGAAGCUAUGGAAGAGAGACGCAAGCUGCUCCAAAAUAAGCGAAAGGAGCCGGAUGAGGACCUGGCCCAGCGGGCUGCCCAGCUCAAGACAUUUCCCUGCAAGAGGUUCAAGGAGGGCACCUGCCAGCGGGGGGAGCAGUGCUGCUACUCUCAUAGCCCCCUGACACCCAAGGCCACUGCUGAAGCCACCCCCACUGACUGUCCAGAGGCCCCCGAUCAGAACCCCCUUGGGCCUGGGGCUGCUGCUGGUCCAGGCGAAGACUGAGCCAAUAAAGACUUUUCACCUUCCCCUGA